GGGCGUGGCCGUGCCUCGCACUCUGCCGGGCUCUCCCAGCCUCCCGCAGCGGCGGGCGGUCAGCGCCAGCCUCCUGCAGCUCCUCCCGCCUCCUAUCCGCACCGGAACAAGAAUGCAAACGGAAUCCCUGCAAACCCUGCACUGCCACACUGUCUGCCCCAAAGACAGCCCCCAGGGCAUAAAGAUCAAGCUACUGGAAAUUGCAGUAGAAAUCCUAAAAUCAUAACAGGACUCAAAUGGAUGCUAAAAAGCCAAGGAAAUGCGAUUUCACUCCCUUCCUGGUUUUGAAAGCAAGAAAGAAACAAAAGUUCACCUCUGCGAAGGGCCCCACUCUUUCUGAGAUCUACAUGGUUGGAAGCAAACCUUCGGUUCAAGUCCAGAAGCCAACUUCCAAUAUCAAGAACUCCAGAAUGACCCAAGUCUUUCAUAAGAACACCAGUGUUACUUCACUCCCCUUUGUGGACACCAAGGGGAAGAAGAAUAUGGUAAGCUUCCCACACAUUAGCAAGAAGGUCCUGCUGCAGUCAUCCCUGCUGUAUCAGGUGAGCGCAGACGGACUGGACCCUGAGAAGGCAGUUGAAAGACCUGGUUUUAGUCCAAAGCCAGUUUUAGAAAGGCCGAGGAUGGUGGGGAAAAGCACAGUAUCCGCUGAAGAGGAGAAUCAAGCUCACAAUCAGAUGCCGGCCUCAGAGCUCAAGGCUUCAGAAAUACCUUUCCACCCUAGCAUUAAAACCCACGAUCCCAAGGCAGAGGAGAAGUCACCAAAGAAGCACAAGCUGCCUCUGACAGCGGCAGAGGCCCUAAAGCUUUUUAAGAACCAGCUGUCUCCAUAUGAGCAAAGUGAAAUCCUGGGCUACGCGGAGCUGUGGUUCCUGGGGCUUGAAGCCAAGAAGCUCGACAGGGCUCCUGAGAAAUUUAGCAAGACGAGUUUUGAUGAUGAGCAUGGCUCCUAUCUGAAGGUCCUGCAUGAUCACAUUGCCUACCGCUAUGAAGUUCUGGAGAUGAUCGGGAAGGGGUCCUUUGGACAGGUGGCCAAGUGCUUGGAUCACAAAAACAAUGAGCUGGUGGCCCUGAAAAUCAUCAGGAACAAGAAGAGAUUUCACGAGCAGGCCCUGACGGAGGUGAAGAUCCUGGAAGCUCUCAGAAAGAAGGACAAAGACAACACCUACAAUGUGGUGCAUAUGAAGGACUUUUUCUACUUUCGCAAUCACUUCUGCAUCACCUUUGAGCUCCUGGGAAUCAACUUGUAUGAGUUGAUGAAGAAUAACAACUUUCAAGGCUUCAGUCUGUCGAUAGUUCGGCGCUUCACUCUCUCUGUUUUGAAGUGCUUGCAGAUGCUUUCUGUAGAGAAAAUCAUUCACUGCGAUCUCAAGCCCGAAAAUAUAGUGCUAUACCAAAAGGGCCAAGUCUCUGUUAAAGUCAUUGACUUUGGAUCAAGCUGUUAUGGACACCAGAAAGUAUACACGUACAUCCAAAGCCGGUUCUACCGAUCCCCAGAAGUGAUCCUGGGCCACCCCUACGACAUGGCCAUUGACAUGUGGAGCCUGGGCUGCAUCAUGGCAGAGUUGUACACGGGCUACCCCCUGUUCCCUGGGGAGAAUGAGGUGGAGCAGCUGGCCUGCAUCAUGGAGGUGCUGGGUCUGCCGCCAGCCGGCUUCAUUCAGACGGCCUCCAGGAGACAGACAUUCUUUGAUUCCAAAGGUUUUCCUAAAAAUAUAACCAACAACAAGGGGAAAAAAAGAUACCCAGAUUCCAAGGACCUCAUGAUGGUGCUGAAAACCUAUGACACCAGCUUCCUGGACUUUCUCAGAAGGUGUUUGAUAUGGGAACCUUCUCUUCGCAUGACCCCGGACCAGGCCCUCAAGCAUGCUUGGAUUCAUCAGUCUCGGAACCUCAAGCCACAGCCCAGGCCCCAGACCCUGAGGAAAUUCAAUUCCUUUUUCCCCUCUGAGACAAGGAAGGACAAGGUUCAAGGCUGUCAUCACUCGAGCAAAAAAGCAGAGGAGAUCACCAAAGAGACUACAGAGAAAACAAAAGAUGGCCCCAUGAAGCAUGUUCAGCAUUCAGGUGAUCAGCACGACUCUCUCCAGCACGGAGCUGACACCGUUCAGCUGCCUCAACUGGUAGAAGCCCCCAAGAAGUCAGGGGCAGCUGUUGGGGCGGAGGUGUCCAGGACCUCCCCAGGACAGAGCAAAAACUUCUCCCUCAAGAACACAAAUAUUUUACCCCCUAUUGUAUGACCUUUGCUGAGAGUAUGUCCUGUUCCUUUCCACCAGUGAUUUGUAUUAAGACAGCACUUAUAUUGUACAAUACUUCAGACUGUUUUUUUUAAAUACAUAAAAGUUUAUUUAAAAAAAUUCUA